AUGAACCCGGCGGUGAACAGUCUCGUCAUCUCCCUCGGCGCCAUGCAGGUCGCGCGGCGGAUCCCAUUCGACGACCCGCAGGUGCUGAUGUACGUCCGCAUCGCGUACGUCACCACGCAGAUCACCGUGCUCGGCAUGUACUACUACGUCGGCCUCCAGAUCAAGAAGAAGAACGACCAGACGGUGCUCAAGUACGUCGAGCCGAACGCGAUGGACAAAGACGCGAGCAAGCUCGUGACGACCACCGUCCGGGACUAUGACCUCCAGGAGACGUCGAAGCUCAUGCGCGCCGUGUACUUUGGCCUCGCGAUGAUGGGCUUUAUGCACUUCUACAUGGGAUACACACAGCCGCUUUUCAUUCAGGCGCUCAUGGGCCUCAAGGGCCUCUACGACGCGAAGCCGGUCGCGAUCCACGUCCUUGGUCGUCCGGCGGAGGGCGACCUCAAACGGCCGUUCAAGGCGGGGGGCAUGUUCGGGGGCGCGGCGGACCCGCUGACGGACAAGGCGGCGAUAGACGAGGCGGAGAAGAAGGUCGGCAAGAAGGAGGAGUGA